UGAGCGUGGGGAGAGUAUAAUAAGAAGAUGAAUUAUCAGUGGGUUGGGUUGGACGGGGCCCAUUUCAUCAGGCAAUGAGACACCAUGCUAUGGGAUUUCAUGGCUUAAAAAUACUUGUGAGAUUCUUGUUAAUGAAAAACAUGUAAGAAAUGUACGAUUUAAGGAGGUCGACUCUCAAUACAGGAUUAAUUCUCUGGUCUGAUAUCCUUUAUGUAAGAAGGAAAUAUUAGAACGACCUCAGCGAAAAAGUAAGAGGACGAUUAGGUUCGAUACGUCGAGCAUGCCUGCUCUUGCAUGUAUUUAUACCAGCCAUUAGCCAUAUGCUACCUCCACUCCCAACGCCCAACAAGAACUCUCUCUCUCUCUUACAGAGAUAAACACAGACACAAAAACUUUGUUCAAGGUAAAUUGAAGUAUGAAGCAGAACUUCCUUUAUGUUGCACUUCUCUUCCUUACAAUAUCCCUUGUCAGCACCUCACAUUCAACUGCUCGCAAGUUGAUAAUCACAACCAAACAAGGAGAAGCAGGUGUAAAGCUGAACAAGAUCAGAUACGGGGAUUUUCAUCUACAGAAGGAAAGCACUAAUUCUUUUGAUAAGCUGAUGGGAGCUGAGGAAUGUCCAAACGAAGAUGAAGAGCGCUUGAGAAGGGUUGUUUUAGAGUCUCACCUGGAUUACAUCUAUACACAGCACCAUAAACCUUAAAGAUUUUCCAGAGGAAUAAAUAAAGGGAUUCUUUAGGUCGAUCGGUAGCUUUAAAAUUUAUUUAGCAUAUAAAUGUUAAGAGUUUGUAUAAUAGUUCCUUCAUGGUUAUUAUGCUAUUUAUCUCUGAUAUUACGACAAAAAAAUUUUGUUAUUUCGAGUUUGAAUAUAUUUUUAUUUUUAUUUU